AUGGAUAAGAGAAAUUUCACCAAAGUAAAAGUGUUUAUCCUUUUAGAGUUCACAGAAGAUUUGGGGUUACAGCGAGUGCCCUUUUUUAUCUUUCUCAUCAUUUAUGUCAUCAGCCUCUCAGGCAACAUCAUUCUGAUUUCUCUCAUCUGUGCUGAUUCUUGGCCCCACACACCCAUGUAUUUCUUCACUGGAAACCGGUUCCUUCUGGAUCUCUGCUAUUCCUCUGUCCACAUCCCCGAUAUCCUGCUGACUUGCAUUUCUGAUGACAAAACCAUCUCCUUUCCUGGCUGCCUGGCUCAGUUCUUCUCUGCUGGGCUGGCCUAUAAUGAGUGCUAUAUGCUGGCUGCCAUGGCUUAUGACCGCUAUGUGGCAAUCUCCAAGCCCCUGCUUUAUUCCCAGGCCAUGUUCCCAGAGAUAUGUGCCAGUCUUGUUGCGUCUUCACACCUUGGCGGCUUUGUAAACUCAACCAUCAUCACCAGUGAGACACUUACCUUGAGCUUCUGUAGCAGCAAUAUCAUUGAUGAUUUCUUCUGUGAUCUGCCCCCACUUGUAAAGUUGGUGUGUGAUGUGAAGGACAGCUACCAGGCUGUGCUGCAUUUUAUACUUGCCUCCAAUGUCAUCACUCCCACUGCACUUAUUCUUGUCUAUCUCUUCAUCAUUGCAGCCAUCUCGAAGAUCCAUUCCACUAAGGGCCGCCUCCAGGUCUUCUCCACUUGUGGGUCUCCCCUGAAGGCUCUCACCUUGUACUAUGGUGCAAUCUUCUUUAUUUACUCCCAACCAAGAACCAGCUAUGCCCUAAAAGGGGAUAAAGUGGGGUCAGUGUUCUAUACUGUGGUGAUUCCAAUGCUAAACCCCUUGAUCUAUAGCUUAAGAAGUAAGGAUGUCAAAGAUGCCUUGAAGAAAAUGUUAGAUAGACUUAAGUUUCUUAAACAAAAAUAUUGGUAA